CCAAUUGGUUCAUUUGAAAAUAACAUGCACGCAACCCCGCCAUUUAAAUGUUUUAAAAGUCGUGUGUUUCCUCAGUUUAUCCUAAGUGUGGACUUAGUGAAAGGAGUUUUAGCUACACGGCCCGUCGACUGUUGUUGUUUCUUUUAAGGUGACUUUAAAUAAGCAUCAUGGGAUCCAGCGAGAGCAAGAUGGUUGCAUGUGCACCAAUAAAAGCAGAACCAGCCAUCAAAAACAGUCGCAUCAGUCAUAUCAUAGAUCCACGCUCUCCUUCAGCAGGUAUUGAUCGCACUCCUAUUCAGGUUGUUGGGCUUGUGUCCAAAACUUCUGCUGUGGUGAAAAGUGAGUGUCCACUGGCAUUCACUGAUCCCCGCUCACCUACAGUUGGCAUCACCCGCACCCCCGUCAGAGAAGUCAUGAGAGCAACCGUUGGGUCCUUUGCUCGCCGCCUGGGCAUGCUUUUCCACAAUGAGACCGAAGGCAAAAUCCCUGAAGCCCCUCAGAAACGUUUCAGUGAUGCUGUGGAGGAGGAGGAGGAGGUCUUCAAGAAUGAGGAGCUGGCUUCCACUGAGCCCCUCCUGAUUCCUCAGUCUUCCCUCACCUUCAGCUCCCUGGCAGAGCAUGCUAACCUCCUCGCCACUCCUGUGCAGCAGCCCCUGCAGAGUGUGGGCAACUCAAGCCCCUUUGUGCUUCUUGAGGAACCCCAGGUGGAGGUAGCAAUAGAUACCGAGGCGGAUAUUACCCUGGAGGAGGCAGAAGAAGCAAGAGAGUCUCCUCUUCACAAGAGACUGAGCAUGAGCCUGAUAACUUGCCAUGAGGGAGCAACCUCAUCACAGAUCUUUGCUGAGGUGCACUGUGAGAGUACUUCUUCUCCAGUACCUAGUGUGGAAGUGAAGCCACUCGGGAAUGGCGUGGAUCACUCUUAUGCCCUUCCCUCUAUCACCGUUGAACCAGAGUCCCUUGUUGAGCCUUCCCUAACCAAUGAUCCAGAUGAUUCCCCAGUUCAGACAUCCUCUGUACAGCCAGAGGAAGCAGUACAGCCUUCUGAAAAAACAAAACAGCUUGUUAAAGAAUCUUCUUUGCCUCCUGCAUCCACUUCAUCAGAGCCACCAACAGUACCCAGCCCAGAGCAGCCACAGGUUUGCACCGGUAUCCGUUGCCCCACCUUUGACUCUAAGAGUCCCAGUCAGGUGGUGUUCAAGCCUCAGUGGUUGGGGAAGGGCUUUGGUGCCUCUGGGCUAAGAGCCAGAGGAAUGCAGGUGCAGGGUGGAAAAGGAGGCUCCUCUCCUCUUGCUGUCCGUGUGGCUGUUAAGAAUGCAAGCAAUGAAAACAAGGGACAGUCUGGAAAACUGAAGCAGAAAGGUACUGAAGGCCGCUCUCCACUGCAGAUCCUUAAGGAGACCAACUCACCCAGGGACCAGCGUUCUCAGAUGAAGCUGAAGGUGUCCACCCCAGAUAAGCAGCGGCGUGGACAGAUGGACCGCAGAGUGUUGGCAGUGGCUCUGGAUAAGGAGAACAGAUGAUACAUUGCAGCAGUGUGUACAGAUUCCUGCCACUUUUAUAUCUCUCAAACUUUUAUGUGUACAGUUUUCUUAAGCUGAUUUUGUCUUGUGUGUGUCUGGUAUAUUACUUUUAACUGCCAGUUUGUGCAGUUUUAUACCCUGUUUUGUCCUUUUGUAAAUAUUAAUAAAAUUAUUUGCAUUCA